AUGGCCAGCAGUCCUUUGCCGGCCUCCACCGAACUGCUUCUGUCCGCCCCGUCCAACGCGUUCCCACCAGAACCGCUGACCCAGCCCCCUCCUGCCUCCCGCGGCGGCUCCUCCUCGGUGGUCCCCUCGGCGUCGGGCGCCAUGAAGCCCAACCAGGUGGGCCAAGUGAUCCUGUACGGCAUCCCCAUCGUCUCGCUGGUGAUCGACGGGCAGGAGCGCCUGUGCCUGGCUCAGAUCUCCAACACGCUGCUCAAGAACUUCAGCUACAACGAGAUCCACAACCGUCGGGUGGCGCUGGGCAUCACCUGCGUGCAGUGCACGCCCGUCCAGCUGGAGAUCUUGCGCAGGGCCGGCGCCAUGCCCAUCUCCUCCCGCCGCUGCGGCAUGAUCACCAAGCGGGAGGCCGAGCGCCUCUGCAAGUCCUUCCUGGGCGAGAACCGGCCGCCCAAGCUGCCCGAUAACUUCGCCUUCGACGUGUCGCACGAGUGCGCCUGGGGCUGCCGGGGCAGCUUCAUCCCGGCGCGCUACAACAGCUCCCGGGCCAAGUGCAUCAAGUGCAGCUACUGCAGCCUCUACUUCUCGCCCAACAAGUUCAUCUUCCACUCGCACCGCACGCCCGACGCCAAGUACCUGCAGCCCGACGCCGCCAACUUCAACUCCUGGCGUCGCCACCUCAAGCUGACCGACAAAAGCCCGCAGGACGAGCUGGUCUUCGCCUGGGAGGACGUCAAAGCCAUGUUCAACGGCGGCAGCCGCAAGCGGGCCUUGCCUUCCUCGGCCGGCCCGUCCAACCACCCGCACUCGCACCCGCCGCCGCCGCCGCCACCGCCGCCUUGCCAUCCUCUGGCCUCGGUCAGGGCCGGCGGGGUGGGGCUGGCGGGCGGCGGAGGAAGCGGCGGAGGAGGCCUGUUGAGCCCGCACCUCCUCGCCGGGCCCCCGCCGCCUCCUCCUCCGCCUCCGCCGCCGGACCUGAGCCAGAAGCGGCCUCGCUUCGACGACGACAGCGAGCUCCAAGAAGCGGUGGCGGCGGCUGCGGCGGCUGCGGCGGCGGCUAUGGCGCACGGCAAAGCCCCGCGGAACUAUCCGGUCAUCCCGGUGCCCAGCAAAGGAUCCUCCUUCGGGGGCGUCCUGCAGAAAUUUCCCGGCUGCGGCGGGCUCUUCCCGCACCCUUACGGCUUCCCGGCUGCCGCCGCCGCCGCCGCCGCCUUCAGCCUCUGCCACAAAAAGGAGGAGGGCGACGGGCUGGGCGGGGCGUCUCAAGGCGGAUCGGGGGCUCCCAAAGCGGCGUCGGGAGCCCCGUCGGCCGGCGGAGCGGGUCUCUCCGGUCUCUUCUGGCCCGGGAGCCGCAAAGACUCGACGGCGGCGGCGGCGGCGGCGGCCGCUGCUUUCUACCCGCCUUUCUGUAUGUUCUGGCCGCCCCGCGCACCGGGAGGCCUGCCCGGGCUGCCCACCUACCUGCAGCCCCCGCCGCCGCCUCCUCCUCCUCCGCAACCGCCGGCCUGCUCGGCCCUGGGCGGGGAGAGCUCCAGCCUGCUUCGCCAAGCCUUCCUGGACCUGGCCGUCGAGCCCAGCGGCGACGGGGCGGCCGCCGGGCUGGGGGCGCCUACCGCCGCCGCUGCCGCCGCCCCCCAAGCUAGCGGCACUGCGGGCGGGGGCAGCAGCCGGGAGCCCCGCGCUUUCGAGGGCGGCGGCGAGGGCGGCGGGUCCCCCCCCACCUCCGAGGGCCCGGUGCCCGCCGCUGCCCACCUGCUGGACGGCCAAGCGCGGCCCAAGGGGGGCUCUGCCUACCACCACUCCAGCGCCUUCCGCCCGGUGGGCGGCAAGGAGGACUCGGCGGAGAGCCUGGCCAAGCUCCAUCAACACCAUCAGCCGUCGGGCCGGCCUUCCUCGCCGCCACCGCCGCUCCUGCUCCUGCCGGGCGACCGCGAGCCUGUCCUCCAACCGGAGAGCCCGGCUCACCCCGAGACCGAACAGCUGCCGCCACCGCCGCUGCCCCCGGCUGCGCCCCCCUGCCUCCCCAAAGGGCCCGGCAGCCCCGCCCUCCAGACAGCCCAGGAGAUCCCAACGACGCCCUACAAAGAUAUUCCGAAAAGCAAGGAAGCCCAUCCCGUCAGUCUCUCUUCUUCCAAGGAAGAUAAUUUCUCAGAUAAGAACAAGGAACACAGUUUUUUCAUCACAGACGCUGAACGUCCAGGGGACUUUUGGAGAAAUAUAGCAGGUGACCCAAUCCAGGAAACCAGCGCACCCCAUUCUUUGAAAAAGGACAUGGAAAACAUGGGAAAAGAAGAACUUCAGAAGGUCUUGUUUGAACAGAUUGAUUGGCGCAGGAGGCUUGAACAGGAAUUCCAAGUGCUCAAAGGAAGCACCUCAUUCCCAGUUUUCAAUAAUUUUCAAGAUCAGAUGAAGCGGGAGUUGGCCUACAGAGAAGAAAUGGUUCAACAAUUACAGAUUGUAAGAUUCUCCCUCUGCUGA